CGCAGCCACUGAUCUUUAGCUCCUCCAUCUUUUUUUUACCAACUUUGCGAAUUCAAUUAUCAUGGGUGAUCAGUCUCAGGACCAGGACGAGAUUCAACAACAACAGGAACAGGAGCAACAGGAAGAGACACCCUUCUUCUAUGAUGGUCCUAUUGAUCCGGCUACUGAACAGGCCAUUCAGGAACUAAAGGAUGUUGGUGCAAAGGCAUUCGCUCUUCAGGAUUAUGAACUCGCUGUCGAAAAGUUUGGUCUCGCGUCAGAAAUGCUAGGUCAAGUUUAUGGCGAGACCAACCCCAAGUGUGCAGAUACCUUAUUUAUAUAUGGAAAAGCACUCUUAGAACAUGCAAUUCAACAAAGCUCUGUACUUGGAGGAGCAACUGAGAAGAAGGCUAAAGAAGAGAAGGCUGCUGUCGAGAGUGGCUCAUCCGCAGCUGCAUCCUCAUCUUCUGCACCAAGUAACCCACGAUUUGUGUUUGAAGGCGAUGAUGAUGAAGAGGAAGAAGAAGAGGAAGAGGGCGGUGAAAAUGAAGGAGAGGAAGGACAGGAUGAUUUCGCUGUAGCCUGGGACGUUCUAGACCUGGCUCGCGUCCUUUAUCAUCGUCAAGGCACAGAGGAAGCGCUUUUGAAGCUCGGUGACGUUCACAUUUCACUUGGUGAUGUCUCAUUAGAAUCCGAAAACUUUGAUCAAGCAGUGGCUGACUUUCGGGAGGCGAUUUUGAUCAAGGAGGCAAGAUUAGAGCCUGAUGAUCGACAGCUGGCAGAGGCACAUUACAAACUCGCGUUGGCACUGGAAUAUUCACCUACAGAAUCUGACAAGACUCAAGAACAUAUCCAUAAGGCUAUUACAGUGUUGAAGGCGAGGAUUCAGAAAUUGAACGGCUUGUUGGCUUCUGGAAAGGGCAAGGCACGAGCAACGGAUGAAAAUGAAAGCGAGUCAAAGAUGGCUAAAGAGUUGAUCGAGCUACAUGAGCUCAUUGGUGAAAUGGACCAGAAGAUCCAGGAUUUGCUCAACAAUCAAGCCAAGAAAUCCAUAGAAGGUCAGACGCCUGCUGAGAUGCUCAGCAUGUUGAGUCAGCAAGUCCAGCCUGUGAAUGAUAUCAAUAACUUGAUCAAACCAAAGCCCAACAAACCCGCCGUUUCUCCAGGCUCUUCAGCCAUAGCUACGACCACGACUACGACCACGACCACGACUACAAGCAUCACCACGGCUACAAUCACAAACGCAGCUGUAACAGCAACUAUAACAGAGUCAUCGCCGUCAUCUUCGUCUUCAACACCCAUGAUAACCAAAGAUCCUUCUACGGCAAUAUCAACAGCAGAGGACGCUGAGGUGGAGUCAGGACUCAAGCGUAAGGCUGAAGAUGUCAUUGAAAGCAGUGCAAAAGAAGAUGAAGCAGAAAAGAAGAUCAAAGUUUAGAAUGACUUGAUUAUUUUGAAAUUACAGUAGCCUUAUAUUACAUGGAUGCAUGUGUAUUUGAUUCUAAAUGCCAUUAAUAAAACUGAAAAAGGCAUCUGUUGC